UUAUUCAAAAGCUUUCAGGUAAAAGCUUGGUUGGUUAUCAUCUGAUAAUAACCUCAAGCCCCUUAUAACUUAGUUCCCAACGCCAAAAAUAAGGUUGCUUUCCCGAUAUUCAUUUUCUUGGUGACAAUUUUGCUGUUGUCGCCUCUUCUCUUCCUCCUCCUUAGGCAGCAAGCAAGAAAUGGAGAGGAAGAUGAUGAACAAAAUAAAUACAGGCAUACUCUAUUAGAUUUAAUACAUUCUACUAAUUUCAUAAAAAAGAAAAAAAAAUUGAGGAAGUACAUUUGCAGCAGAACAACAAACUCCAAGAUGAACGAUUUAUUUUCAAGUUCUUUCAAGAAAUAUACUGACCUCAAGCAGCAAACACAGAAUGAUGAUGUGGAGGAAGGAAAGGAGCCUAUGAAUCUUGAUAAAUUCUUCGGCGAUGUCGAGAAUGUUAAGGAAGACAUGAAAACCGUAGAAAAGCUCUACAAAAACUUACAAGACGCAAAUGAAGAGAGCAAAGUUGCGCAUAAUGCAAAAACUAUGAAAGCUAUCCGUUCUCGAAUGGACUCUGAAGUUGAGCAAGUCCUGAAACGUGUCAAAAUCAUCAAAGGAAAGCUUGAAGGUUUAGAACGUUCCAAUGCAGCUGCACGGAACAUUCCAGGGUGCGGUCCAGGCUCGUCUGCAGAUAGAACUAGGACUUCUGUUGUGAGCGGUUUAGGAAAGAAACUAAAAGACCUAAUGGAUAACUUUCAGGGUUUAAGAGCUAAGAUGACAGCUGAAUAUAAAGAAACUGUUGAACGGAGGUAUUUUACUAUAACAGGAGAAAAGCCAAGUGAAGAAACUAUUGAGAAUUUGAUAGAAAGUGGAGAAAGUGAAAGUUUCCUGCAGAAAGCUAUUCAGGAUCAAGGGAGAGGUCAGAUUCUUGACACUAUAUCGGAAAUUCAAGAAAGACAUGAUGCAGUAAAGGAAAUAGAAAAGAACUUGAUUGAGCUUCAUCAGGUUUUCUUGGAUAUGGCUGCUCUUGUGGAAGCUCAAGGGCACCAACUCAAUGACAUUGAGAGUCAUGUCGCACAUGCUAGUUCAUUCGUGCGACGAGGGACUGAGCAACUUCAGGAGGCCAGGGAAUAUCAGAAAAGCUCUAGAAAAUGGACUUGCAUUGCCAUUUAUGGUGGAAUUGUUGUUGUCAUUUUGCUCCUAUUGCCACUCUUACCAACAAUUUUGUCCCUCUUGUAGAAAGAAGAGAAGUCACAGCUUCUUCAAUUCUGAAAAUAUAUGUAUAUCAUUUUCACUGUAAUGAAAAUUUGUUAGAUUGUAAAAAAACUUUGUAAGAUUUUGUAUUUUAUUUCCCAAGAUAGUGUUUUAAUGUCUCAGACUUACAUUCUGACUAUAGACGGCAAAACUUGGGAUGUUAGUUCAGGAAAAAAAUAAAAAAUCCAAAAUAAAUGGUCCGUUGGCAUA